AUGCAAGCAAACCUUAAAUACCGGCAAGUUGCAAGUGGCAUUGUGACUGGAGCAAAAGAAGGCCUCACCUCACACUACGAUCAAAUCAAGAGUAUGGGCUCGACACAAGACAUGUGCGAAAUAAUCAGAUUAAAUGUUUGGAAAUGUCAAAAUCACUUCAAGGUAUAUGCAGUCCAUAAUUCACCCCAGAAUUGUCUCAACUUUGACUUUCUGAACAUCUCACACAAAACUAUAGUAUUAGGAGACUUCAACGCCCAUUCCACUAGAUGGGGCUACAAGGAUACAAAUAUAGUUGGAAAGGAAAUCGAAGACAUGCUAAACAGCAACCCUCUGGAACUUAUUUAUAAAAAUGAGGAUCCUGCUACAUAUCUGCACUACAAUGGAACCAGAACAACUCCUGACUUGCUCCUGGCUUCAAACGACAUCAUCGAGGAUACACGUCGAAAAUUAUUGACGAUCCUGGUUCUGGUCACAAACCAGUCACCGCACAAUAAUUGA